AUGGAGCACCAGCCUGUAUCCCCGGCAACCGAGGCCCGCGUCCUGCUGGACAAGGACCUCAACGCCGCCGCCAUAGGUGCCGCAGACCCCUAUACUCCCUCUCCCGUUGACGAGAAGACGCCUUUGCUCGUCAGUCGUGCGGGCAAUGACCGUUACCUCACCGCACAGAAGGCGCGCAGGAAGAAUGUUGACGACAGCUUGCUGGGCACCUUCUGCGCCUGGGUUGAGGCCCACCAGAUCGGCCUCUCGAUAAACCUGAUGCUCCUCCUCUCUCUUACCCACGUCUGCUUCCCACCUCUUCGCACCCUCACACGCAAGUUCUUUGAACUUUCCUACUACGAUGCUUCCAGUGGUACCUACACCCAGGGCUGGGACGACCUUCCGCUUGUCGCGUUUUGGAUUGUCGCUUUCACGGCGCUGCGGGCCGCUACCAUGGAUUAUGUGCUCAAGCCGCUGGCGCGCAGAGGUGGCAUCCAGCAGAAGAAGGCAACUGUUCGGUUCGCCGAGCAAGGUUGGCUUCUGGUGUACUAUCUUGUAUUCUGGCCACUUGGAAUGUACAUUUAUUACAACUCUUCCUACUGGUUCAACCUCUCCGAGAUGUGGACCAAUUUCCCGACGCGCGGAAUGAGUGGCACGAUGAAGUGGUACUAUCUCGCGCAGUUCGCUUUCUGGCUGCAGCAGAUCUUCGUCAUCAACAUGGAGGAAAGGCGCAAAGAUCACUGGCAAAUGUUCUCGCAUCAUAUUGUCACGAGCGCUCUGAUUUUCAUGAGCUACGGAUAUUAUCAGACGAAGGUUGGGAACGUGAUCUUGUGCAUCAUGGAUGCUGUGGAUAUCUUCCUUUCCACCGCCAAGAUCCUCAAGUACCUUGGUUACCAGACCGCCUGCGACUUCGCCUUCGGUAUCUUUAUCCUUACCUGGACUGUUUGCCGCCACGUCUUCUACAUCGCCGUCUGCUACUCCAUCUAUUACACUGUUCCAAUCGUCAUGCCCUAUGGAUGCUACAACUCUGCCAAUGGCGAGCUGCUGCCUGACUCCCCUUCGACGCCUGCUGAUGGAGGGAACGAUAUCAUGCGCCAUGUCCUUGAAGCUUUCCGUGAGCCGGGCGGUGUCGUCUGCUUCAACGAGAACAUCCGCUGGUCAUUCUUGGGACUCCUCGGAGGGCUGCAGGUAAUUACGCUUGUGUGGUUCUGGAUGAUCGUGAAGGUCGCGUGGAAGGUGCUCUCGGGCCAAGGCGCCGACGACACACGGUCCGAUGACGAAGGCGAGGACGAGGAAGAAGAUGAGGACCUCGACGAUGACUACGAGCGCCAAAACCCGCAGAACGAGAAGGGCGAGAGCAAGAGCCCGAUGGCGCUAGGUCAAGAGCCGCGGCCGCUGGAAGAGGAAGUCGGCGUUGAGGGCCUGCACUUUGUCAAGGGCACUGCGACUCCGACGUCAAAGCGGAGGAGCGAGCGCCUGAGCUCCAAGCGGGGCUCGGGCAUCGCGAGCGGCAUCUCGAUCCCGGGUCACGGAGACCGGAAGGAGCUUCUGGGCCGGAUCGGCUGCGACAAGCCGUCGUAG